AUGGCUCAAGCCUCGCCAAAAGCUUAUGUAGGAACACGGAACACGUCGUCAUUACAAUUUGAGCCUGGCUAUGCCAAGCCUGUACCGCUUGCCGUGAAGCUCUUCGACUACAAUAGCUGGAUUGCUGAGAGCAUCACAUGCACUAGCCCCGCGAACUUCCACGAGUCCACGGUUCUCGGCCACGGUCAGAAAAGCCUUCUGAUGCUAUUGAACGAGUUCUCCAUGCUCACAGUAGCUGAGCUCACCAAAGUGGAGCGUGAGGAGCUGGAGAAGAAGGAGAAGCAGCUGAGAGGUUUGGAGGCCUCUGCCAAGCCGAAGGCCAAGAAGACAUCGGUGACUGGCGUCGUGCCGCUGGCAGACUACAAGAAAGCCCAGCUCGCAAUGCAAGUGCGUUUGAAAGAGGCAG